AUGGAGACCAACAACGAUAGAACUUCCAUCGAGCCUUCCACCUUGCCUUCUCCGUUGUGGUCGUGCGUGGGGAUCGAAUACAACGACUCAUUCAACUGUGUUUUUGGGAUUGACUCUCGGCGUCUAGCCCACUCCCGAUUGAAGCUUUUUGAGCGCAACUGCAGUAAUUUUGAAGAUUUUGCUGGUGCUGUUUUGUUCCAUUUUUGGGAAGAAUUAGAUACACAACAAAUGGUGAAGCAAAAACCGAGACCCACCCGUCGAGAGCAUAGCAAAAACCAACAAGAAGAUUGGACUCUGGUGAAGAAGCAGAAAGUCACUAUCUUAAUCCCACCGCUGCCCGCAAUGGAAAACCCUGCAAGUUGUAGCUCACAGUCACAUCAAGAAACGCGAAAAUCAAAGUCUUUAUCUCCAAAAGAGGAUAAUACCCAUCCGCCUUCAAUGGUCCAUCCGCGUAAACCCAGCUUAGCUUUUCAAAAGCCAUUGGUGCUAUUUNAUCGAAGGAUGCGUGCCUCGUAUCUCGAGAAGAAAUUGAAUAGAGCAGGCGGGUUGGAGAAUUGGCUUGUUUCGCUCGGGCUCGGCCAUUUUGUGAGGGUUUUCCGGGCAAGGAGCGUGAACAAAUUCCACCUGGCGAAUCUCACUAUGAAGAAGCUUAAGGAUAUGGGGACGGAGGCCGUUGGGCCACGGAGGAAGUUGCUGCAUGCUAUCGACUGCCUCUGUGAACCCCACUGUUUUCGGCAGUUUUCUGGCAUCUUUUGA